AUGCAGAGGACACAGCUACAGGAAACACUCUCACACACCUCUGAGGAGAUGAAGAGGAGGAUAGAGAUGGCAAGAGAGAUCGGCGCCUCAAACUGGCUAACUUGUCUUCCCCUCAAAACAAAAGGCUUUAGCCUAAAUAAACAAGAAUUUGUGGAUGCUUUAGCCCUAAGAUAUGGGUGGCCAAUCGAGGACCUUCACCAGCAAUGCACGUGCGGUUCACUCUUCGACCCGAACCACGCCAUGACGUGCAAGACGGAGGACUUCGUCUGCAUGCGCCAUGACGAGCUAAUUUCUAAACCUCCAAAUCAAAUAGUUUCCUUAUGUUAUCAUUCACGAACUGUGAAGCAAUGUUACUUGUAUUUGCAGAUUCCUGGCAAAGAGUUCCUGGGUCCUACCACACAGUUGGGCUACACACCACGAUAUAAGGCCAAUGGUUUCCAGUUUUUUUUAUUUUCCCUGGCUGUCUUCCUUGCACUCCUGAUCUUUAGACCUGUCACAGCUGUUGAGCUCGCAGAAAACAUGCCGCAGAUUUUGGCAUCCUGUAAUAUUCUUGCGAUGUUGUUGUGUGUGUACUUGCUGGUGAUGGGAAAGGUCUCUCCACAGACGAACGAUGUUUUGGAGUCCCGACCAAUCCUUUAUGAAUUCUACCGUGGGAUGGAAGUACACCCUCGUCUGCUUGGAGUAGAUGUCAAACAACUGACUAAUUGUCGCUUUGGUCUCCUGGCGUGGGAACUUCUGGUUGUAGCCUUCUUUGUAGCAGGUUGGAUCAAGCAUGGCUUUAGCUUGGCGCACUUAUCCUGUGCUACCCUUCAGACGAUCUAUCUAGGCAAGUUUUACUGGUGGGAAACUGGGUACUUUGACACACUUGAUAUCACUCUAGACCGGGCGGGUUACUACAUCUGUUGGGGUUGUUUAGUUUUCGUCCCAGCAUUCUACACUUACUCCUCUUAUUACCUGGUGGCACAUCCACCCCUUGUCUCAAACAGUGCCGCUAUCCUGAUAUUAAUUCUAGGAAUAGUUUUUAUUGCCCUUAAUUACCGUGUAGACUGGGAGAAAGAAUAUUUUCGUGCUCACAAGGGCAAAUGUUACAUUUGGGGUUACCAAGCCACAUUCAUCAACGCAACUUAUGAGAGUUCCUCAGGUAUUCGACAAUCAAAACUCCUCACAUCAGGAUUCUGGGGUAUUGCGAGGCACCUGAACUAUGUCUUUGAGAUUUUAGCAGCCUUUUCAUGGUGUUUACCAGGUUUAGGUAAUGGAAUCUGGCCUUUUCUUUACGCUUUGUUCCUAACACAUCUGCUGGUCCAUCGUGUUUUCAGGGAUGAAGAAAAAUGCAGGGUAAAGUAUGGCGCUGCAUGGGUUAAGUACUGCAAAGUUGUACCAUACAGAAUGAUACCAGGAAUAUUCUAAAGUCAUGCUUUUUUGUGGAAUAAAAAAGAAGAGGUUUGCAAGGAUCUAAUAUCUUACAUCUAAGUCACUAUUUGUAUAUUGAAUCAUACAGUAGAUUCCAUUACACCUAUAGUAUGACAAAAGGUUACGUCAGUCUUUCAGUCUUUGAAAUAUCAUUUUAUUUCAUUUAUGAUGGACUCAAAUUCUGACUUUCAGCUAUGUCAGUGGGAAAAUAAAAAAGAGAAACCGA